AUAUUACUGUAGAUAAACAAAAGUAUUAUCACAAUGGAAUUUGAUCAAAUAAGUCCAAGAAGUAUGGAGUUUUUGGCAAAUAUUCAGGAACAACCAGAUAGGUUUAGAGAUCUUUCACUUCAAUUUAUUGCUGCAAUGGAAUCUCGUAAUAUUAACGUGCCAGAAUUUGAAGACUCUUUCGAUUGGAUUAACACAAGUGAAAAACUUUCUUUCCAAACCGUGUUAGCUAACAAGCUGUGUGUUUUGGAUUUCUUCACUUAUUGUUGUAUCAACUGCAUGCAUGUAUUGCCAGAUCUACAUGCGUUGGAAGAAAAAUAUUCAAUACAAGAUGGGGUUGCUGUUGUUGGUGUGCAUUCAGCAAAAUUUCAAAAUGAAAAAUUAUUGUCCAACAUUCUCAGUGCAGUGCUACGAUAUGAUAUAAACCACCCGGUUGUAAAUGAUGCUGAUGCGAUAUAUUGGAACAAGAUGAGUAUUCGAUGUUGGCCGACUUUCGUUAUUGUCAGUCCUGAAGGCAAGGUGUUGUUAUAUUUGGUUGGUGAAGGCCACAGUAAUGUGUUGUUGCAGUUUGUAGAUGUAGCACUUAACUAUUAUAAAGAAAAAGAUUUGAUAAAGCACCAUCCACUGCCAAUUAAAUUAGCUAAAGAUUCUUUGAAGUCAGAAUAUUUAAGGUAUCCUGGGAAAUUAGCUGUGUCAGAGUCUGGUGAAGAACUUGCUAUAGCUGACACUGGUCACCAUAAAAUUGCAAUAAUAAAUAAAAAUGGCAUGGUAACGAAAUCUGUUGGGAAUGGAAAAUCCGGCCUAAAGGAUGGUUCAUUUCAAGAGGCUCAGUUUUUCUCUCCUCAAGGGUUAUUUUGGCAUGACAAAUGCAUAUAUGUUGCUGACACAGAAAAUCAUGCAAUAAGAAAGAUAGACGUCGAGUCCUCUUCUGUAAGUACCAUUACUGGUCUAGGUACACAAGGCAACGAUAAAGAAGGUGGAAAAAUAGGUAUCGAGCAAGAAAUUAGUUCCCCAUGGGAUGUUGUUGUGUAUGCGCCGCCAGGUUCCGACCCUUCUUGCGAUGAAAAGACGUGUUUAUAUAUUGCAAUGGCUGGAACGCACCAAAUUUGGUGUUUUUAUUUACAAGAUGGUGGUUGGCUUAAAAAAGGAACUCAGAAGAAACAUACUAGUUUGCGUUUUGCAGGGAGUGGAAACGAAGAGAAUCGCAACAAUAGUUACCCUCACAAAGCAUCAUUUGCACAGCCAUCUGGUUUAACAGUGGCAUCGGUGAAAGAGCAGAAACUCGUCUAUGUUGCUGACAGUGAAAGCAGUAGUGUGCGAUCAGUUGACAUAAAAACGGGCGCUGUGAAAGCUUGUGUUGGUGGAGAGAGAGAUCCAACAAAUCUCUUCGCUUAUGGAGAUGAGGAUGGUAAAAGCGUGAAUGCAAAACUUCAACAUCCACUUGCAGUGGCGUACAAUCAUACUGAUGGAUUUGUUUAUGUUGCAGACUCCUACAAUCACAAAAUCAAGGUUAUUGAUCCUGUAGCAACAACCUGUACUACACUUGCUGGUUGUGGUAAAGCGGGAUACAAAGAUGGUGCAUUUGCUGAAGCGUUGUUUAACGAGCCCGGUGAUUUGCAAUUUAGUCCGGAUUGUAGAUGUUUAUAUGUUGCAGAUACGAACAAUCAUAAAAUACGAGUGCUUGAUAUGCAGAAGAAAACCGUUUCAACGCUUACCCUUUUGGAUUCUGACGAAGUCGACGCGAUGACUGUCAUUCAUACCUCUUCGGACGAUUCGACAGAAUAUAAAACCCUUGUUGGCAACAAUACUAAAGUUUUAGAAAUGGAACAGAUUGCUCGAGAUUUAUCGCAGAAACUAAAGUUAAAUGUUGAAGUUGCUUUAUCUGGUCUUCAUUUUACGGAUGAAGCUGAAAGCAGGUGGCAGGUUACCAUCAUUGAACAACAAACUUCAGAACGACUUUCUCAUUUCAAUGGAAGUGUUAAUAAAACCACGUCAUCGUUUUCUCUCACUUUACCAUCCUUCGAUAAAGAUAUUGUGCUCAAGUUGGAGAUGUUGUUAUACGUAUGUACAGAUGAUAACACGUGUUUAAUGAAAACAGCUCUUCUUCAUCAAAAAAUAACCUUCGACACUCAAGCCUCAAGUGAUGACGUCAUCGUGAAACACAUAGUAAACCUGUGAGAGGUAUGCUAUGCUAAGAUCGUAUAAUUUUUUUAUGUAUAAAUGUAAUGGAUUUUUUAAAUUUAUCAUGUAGGUAUUUUUUUAUAAUUAAUAAAUCAAUCAAAAUAACA